CUUUCUAGACUAGAUUGUGUUGUUUGAUCGAGAGUUGUGUUGUACCUUCAGUUUGACAGCAUAAUCUAAAUUUCAGUUAAUAAGAAAACAAGUGUUUUCGGUUUUCGUUAAAAUGAGUGAUAAAGUGAAACAAACGUGGAUAGAUUUCGUAGAGUCGUACAUGGAAGCGAGGUUGUUAUGGGACCCUAAGCACGAGAACAAAAACAACAAAGGUCUACGUGCUGAUGCUUAUGAUAAGUUACUUGAAGAGUAUCAGAGGAUUGAUGAAAAUGCGUCGCUGGGGGAUAUGAAAAACAAACUUGCAAAUAUGAGGACUACAUUUCACAGAGAAAGAAAAAAGGUCCUCGACAGCAUACAAAACGGGAAUGAAUGUGUUUACAAACCAACAUUAUGGUACUUUGACUUGUUUAAUAGUUUUUUUGAUCCAAAUCCAAACACGGAAGGAAUGAAAUUUGAUACAUUAAAACAUUUCAAAAAAACUAUGUCAGUUUCAAGGCAAUUGAGAAGAAGUGAGAGAGAAAGGUUUAGACCGGAGAUACACAAUGAAUCUACAAAGGAAAUGGAAGAUGAGGAAAGCUCGGACACACCGCGGGCAAACAAAAAGCGGAGGAUCUACAAUCUACUUCAAAAGCAGGAAAAAUUCGUAGACACAGCCAGCCAGAUGCUGCACCAGAAUGAAAAAGAAUGGGAAAUAAAUGGCAAAGCUAUUGGGUUACAACUCUACCAGCUUGACAUGACACAACGCACCAUAGCGCAGAAGCUGAUCUCUGACACCUUGUUCUUUGGAAGUUUGGGAAAGUUAACAUUAGAAUCAUUUAUUAAUUUGAAUAAUAGAGAAGCCUCACCAGAGAUGCAUGAGGAGAUUGAUUAUUUGGAAGAGGAAUUAGAGGAUAAUGAUAAUAAUGAUGAUGAAUAAAUGUGAUAUUUGA